UCCGCCUUGGCUGAGCACAGAGGUGGGUACAGUGGCUACUGGCUGGCAGUGACGAGCGCUUCCUUUGUGGUGCUGGCGUAGGCGUGACGCCAUGUUGUGAAAAGUGUCUGGACGAAAGUGGAAAAUUCGCACGGAAAACUGCACUCGAAAGUCGCGGAAAUAAACAGCAUUGUUGAAACAAUCCAAAUUCAGGAGUUCAAUUUGUUGUCAGAGUAAAAGAAGAAGGAAAGCAGCCAGCGAGGCAAUGGCAGCAAUGGCCAACCGAUUUGUAGGCACCAGUGGUGCCAUGGUGGUGCUGCUGACGGUGGUGCAGUGCAUCCUAGCGACACCACAGCGCACCGCCGCCUUUUCGCUGCAGGCGGCCGUGGAUGAAAUGCAUCGUCGCGAGGCGGCCAAGUAUCCACUGAACGCCCCUCCACAACCCGCUCUCGACGACUGGGAUGAAGAUGGCGAUUUAUUUGGCAAGAAUAGGAAUCGGAAUCGCCAUCGAGGUAAUAAGGCACUUGGCAAGUACUUAGAACGCGACGAGGACAACUACGGUCCGGAUCACAACCUGGGCUUGGGCUUGGGCUUGGGUCUGGGCAUGGGCAUGGGUCUGGGACUCGAUGACGAAGGCGACUUGGGCCCCAGUAAUCUAGUCGAUGAGAAGAGAAAGCGUUUCUCCUCUUUUCGCGAACGUGACGAGCAGUUCGAUGGAUCCGCUCCUUCGGCUUUCCGCGAACGUGAAAUCCAGCCACUGAACGCUGAGCCCGCUCACAAUGAGCUCACGGAGCAGUUUCUGCGCGAGAUCGAAGAGGCCAGGGAUCGGGAUGCAGUGCGUCAAUGGUGGCGCCACCUGGACCAGGCGAAAACCCAACAGGAACCGGAACAGGAAGUCGAGCAGUUCGAGCAGAAGAAGCGGAUGCGAGUGCCACCUUACUACUUGCUCAUGCAAAAGAAGCGCUCCUAUCCGGUUCUGCCAUGGUUGCCGUACAACGGCGAUAAGAGGAAACGAUUCCCGGUGGCCAAGAGGAGCACCACCAACUCCAAUCCGGAAUCUCCACUGGGCAGAACCGAUGAGCGAGUGGCCCAGGAGCUGAGCGAGCUGUUCGGCAAGCCCGGAGAAGCGCAAUCACAUACCGAGGAGAAACGCAAGCGGUCGGCGGAUGAGCAGCCAAAGGUCACGACCAAUCUUCCUGAAUCCCCGCCAGCCACCGCCACCGCCUUGGGGGAUAUGCGUCUGGAGAUCAACUUUCAGCGGGUGAAUGUCACGCCCAAGGAGACACCCACAUCCGCUCCAGCUGGCGCUGGUGAAUUGGUCCAGCAUGGCGGCCAUGCCGGUCAUCAUGGUGGCCAUGUGCCUGGAAUGUCACCCGAGUAUCGUCAUCGCAAGCGAAGCGAUCAUGCGCAUGGCGACAACACGGAGGAUACCGAGGCGGACGAGCACGAUGAGGAGGGUGAGGAGAGCUCCGAUGAGGAUGACCACGACGAGUUUGACGAGGAGGACGGUGAAGCUGACCUGGAGGCGGAGGAAGCCGAGGAGCAGCGGCGCAAGAAGAAACGAGCUGCUGCCAGUCUAACUGGAAAUGGUGGAGGCAAUAAGCACCUCCAUGCACCCACUGUGGGUCACCUGAUGCUCCGUGCCAAGAAGUCCAUAGAUUGGUCGCAAUACUUCGGGCUGGAUCGCAAGAAGAAGUCCUUGCAGAAGAAAGAAAACCUAAAGAAACGCAGUGACGCGGAUAGUAGCACCAAUAAUGAUGAGGAAGAUGACGAUGACAGCUCGGAGGCGGAGAAAAAGAAGCGUGACUUCGAUGCCGAAAAGUUGGACAGCAUGGACAAGAAGCUGCAGUCCAUCGAGGACUUCAUCAUCGACGAGACCAUCAAAUAUACGGGUGCCCACGAGGGACUCAACAGCAAGGACGACAUCCGCAGAAUCAAGGACCAUGUCCUCUCGCGCUUGGCAACCGCUUACAGUCUGGAGAAAAUGCGCAGGGCUCUGGAUAAGUUAAGGAGAUCAGUGGACAACGAGAGUCACCUGAUGCGCAAUACCAUCGAACCGGAAUCCGAGGAGAACGCGUUGGACUCCAAUUACUGGCUGAACAAAAAGUCGGUGAAGAAGGAGCAGGCGGAUCAGCCGGCAGAAGACUCGAGACCACCGAAGGACAUGGAAAAGAGGAAGCGCAGUGGCUACUUGCGCUAUCCGGAGCAGCCAAAUACCAUGGAGGAGGCCCUCAGCCUGGGCAGCGCUCCCUACGAGACCCUAAACGACGCCUAUCUGGGCAACAAGAACUACAUAGUGGGCUCCAACCAGUGCCCCAUCAUCGAGUCCAUGGCGGAGCGCUGUCGGGGCGUCGAUCUCAUCUCCGGAGACAUUAACCAGGAGCUCCUGCCCCUCUGCGGUGUCCACCAGAUAUGCUAUCUAUGUGGUGCCUCGCAGGUAGCCUGCGACUAUCAGUACUUGGCGGAGGCGGAUAGCGUUUGCGGCGACAGCAACGACUGCCAGUCGGCGGCCCGUUCCAUCCUGAUGAUCCUGCGCGGAUCCCAUGGCCGGCAGCUGGGUCCUCGGGAGUGCUUGAAGAAUCCCUGCUUGUACAGGGCCAUGCGGGAGAUUGGGCUUUAAGCGAACUGCUCCGGAUUGCCGCCCAGUGUUUUCCUAACGUCUCUUUUGCGUGCGUUUAAAAAGAAAAUAUGAAAACUUCGUAAUGAAAAGCAGAGAGAGAGAGAAGAUAACAAUAUGAGCCCAAAAAAAACCAACAUAAAAACCUUGCUGAACUGGCAAAAAUCUAACAAACGAUUGUUUCAAAACCAAAUAGUCGUCGCAUACAAUGACAUAAUAUUUUGAUGGAUUUUCCUGACCGCCCUGCGAGGCGGCAGCAGCCAACUAGAGUUUUCCAGAUACCUAAAGAGAUGCAUAUAGAUAUAUAUACAAUUUGGAUUCAGUUAAUCGCAGUAGACGCCCGAUGCGGCCCGAUUUAUUUGGUUUAAGUGUUCAGCGUGAAAUGGAAUUUUUCGAAACAUAUUUGCACGUUUUAUGGGUGUUUAAGUGUACAAACGUGAUCAUAGACGAAACAUAACAAACAUACAUAUGCUUAACCAAGCCAUACAAGUAUUUAAUCCACACAGUCAGCUUUUUAAGUAACUUAACUCGCUUGACAUUCUAAGCAAGAUGAAAGGCAGAGCUCACAUUGGCAGCUAGUCCUCCAAAGUCACCGUCAGAAUUCUUCUAAUCGGUUCUGACUUGGAGGUGUGCACAUACAUACACCAUACCAUACACCUACACACUAUACUCGUACAUAUAUAACGAUUUUAGCCUACACUGGGAAAAAAAACUAUGUAUCUUUGCGAACGCCACAUGCAGAGCAACUAACUAUAGUAUCUGAGACUUCUCUCUCCGCAUUACUUGUCUACAGAUGAACAUAUACAUUAAUGUGUUUCAACGUGCUUACAAUAAAUGGACAUAACUAAGACAAAUAUUUGAAGCUCUAACAAAUCUAUAUAUGUGAUUAUUAAUAUAUACAAGGAGUUUAAUAAAUGUGUAAAUCUUUUAGGGCCAGCAUAUAUACCAAUAUGAACAACAGCAAGACGUUUGGUUGCGAAAUCAAAAUAUUAUUAAUGUAUUUACAUAAACGAACAAAUAUAUAUUUAAACUUGAUGUAUAUGCUACAGUUUGAAAAACAAAACAAAACAGAACAAAUCCCGUCUUUGAAAAUAUUUAUUGCUAUACAGUUAUCAUAAAUGUCGAAUAUAAAUAUAUCGGGAUUAUCCCAAAAA